AAACCCCACAACUAUAUCUGAAGGCAUCCUCACACACGGAGAGCCGAGCCACAAGGGCGAGGCACACGCCAAAGGGAAAAGCUAAUAAGGGAACAGCCAAUUAUAGUCAUACCGAAUACGAGAGAGAGAGAAAAAAAAAAAAAAAAUCAAUCCUCGUUUUCCAGGGUCAUCUGGGUUGUGAUCGGCGUCGUCUUUCUCCACUAAAAAUUCAGGUGUGGCCAAAGGGGAUUGUCAGCAAUGGUUCAUGACAGCAUUCUAUCUCCUCAUCGGAGGUCACAGACUGCAUUCUCUUCACCAUCCUUCAGGAAGCAAUUCCAAGCUCGAGAGGAGUUGGGGAGUUGCUCAACACUGAUCCAGAGGCAUCGCUUCCUCCUAACAGCUCUCGUCCUCCUGGCCUUCCUUUGCACCAUUUACCUCUACUUUGCUGUCACACUAGGCUCCACCAGAUCAUGCUCUGGGUUGACUGGAAGCGAGAGAACCUCAUGUCGCCUAGAGCAUGCAAAAAGUAGUCUAUCCUCAGGCAAACUGAAAUUCUUCUAACACCCAGAUGCUGAUCCGGCUCAUAGAGUUGUCAUUGUUUUUGGUCUUCUUAUCCUUCCUCCUGGAGUUUGAAAUCUGAACAUAUUGUUUUUGUGUUACUAGUAGGUUGUUUUCUACUGCUCAACUAGCUCAUUGUCAUUCAAUCAAGUAUACAUAAAUUCCAGCAGCAAUCGAUCCGGGAACAGAACUGUUACAACCUCAACAGUUAAUUCUUAUUAUCAAGAAAUUAAAUUAUGGUUGUUGGUAUUCUUCCAUUUUUAGUGACCUUGUGAUGAUGAUGAUGAUGAUGAUGAUGACGACGACAAGCACAUCCAUUAUCUGCUUCUCCAGCUAAGAGGUGUGGUUGUACUGUGAAUAUUGCUUUUCUCGGUAUGAAUUAUCUGGCAUCAACUAAAGAAACAGAGCUCUUUCUUUGUUUCUU